GCCAAGCUGCCUCGGGAUCGGCCCCGCGCGGCUCGCUCGUCAAGGCCGCGCGGAGACAAGGGGAUCCGGCAGGCGGCGGCUGCGGGGAGCGCGUCGGCCGCCCCUCUUGAAUCAGGCGGGGCUGCCCGGGGCGUGGGGGAAGCGGAGCGGUGGCCAUGGCCAGCGGCUGCCCCGCGUCAGUCGAGCCCCGGCGGCCGGGCUGAGGCGGCUGCGGCCCUUUCCUCCCGCCGCCCGUGGCCUCGCUCUUCCCCGCCGCGAGGAGAGGGCUCCCGGGCCCCCGCUUCCCCGCCGUCCCGCUCCCCUUCCUCGGCUGCUGGGCGGGGAUGAGGCGGCAGCCCGGCGGAGGCGCUGGUGGUGGCGGCGGCGGUGGCGGCGGCGGCGGCGAAGGGGGAGGCGGCAGCGGCGACGGUAGUGGAGGCAGCGGGGACAACGACGCCGACGACUCCGACUUGGAGGGGCGGCCCCCCGCCUAGCCCCCCCGGCGCGCCCCCCGAGCCCCCCGAGCCGGGCCUGAGGCGGCGGCGGCGGCGGAGGAGGAGGAUGUCGGAGGAGCCCGACGCGGAGAGGAUGAUCAAGGAAACUUCUAUUUUGGAAGACUACCACAUUAACUGGACUCAGAAGCUGGGAGCUGGAAUCAGCGGUCCAGUAAGAGUCUGCAUCAAAAAAUCGUCUCAAGAACGGUUUGCACUGAAAAUCCUUCUCGAUCGCCCAAAAGCGAGAAAUGAGGUCCGACUUCACAUGAUGUGUGCGACACACCCCAACAUCGUCCAGAUUAUUGAAGUCUACGCGAACAGUGUACAGUUCCCCCAUGAGUCCAGUCCAAGGUCUCGACUGCUAAUUGUCAUGGAGAUGAUGGAAGGGGGUGAGCUGUUUCACAGAAUCAGCCAACAUCGGCACUUUACGGAGAAGCAAGCGAGCGAAGUAACAAAGCAGAUUGCUUUGGCUUUGCAGCACUGUCAUUCUUUGAACAUUGCCCAUCGAGACCUUAAACCUGAGAAUCUUCUCUUCAAAGAUAAUUCUUUGGAUGCUCCCGUGAAGCUCUGCGACUUUGGGUUUGCCAAGAUAGACCAAGGUGACUUGAUGACCCCACAGUUCACUCCUUAUUACGUAGCACCUCAGGUCCUGGAGGCACAAAGGCGGCACCAGAAAGAAAAGUGUGGCAUUAUCCCUACCUCACCCACCCCCUACACUUACAACAAGAGCUGUGACUUAUGGUCCCUGGGUGUCAUCAUUUAUGUGAUGCUGUGUGGGUACCCACCGUUCUACUCGAAGCACCACAGCCGGACGAUUCCUAAGGACAUGAGGAAAAAGAUCAUGACGGGAAGCUUUGAGUUCCCGGAGGAAGAGUGGAGCCAGAUCUCAGAAAUGGCAAAAGACGUCGUGCGCAAGCUGCUGAAGGUGAAGCCAGAGGAGAGACUGACGACGGAAGGCGUCCUGGAUCACCCUUGGCUCAACUCAACCGAGGCGCUCGAUAACAUACUGCCUUCUGCUCAGCUGAUGAUGGACAAGGCCAUGGUUGCCGGGAUCCAGCAGGCACACGCGGAGCAACUGGCAAACAUGAGAAUACAGGAUCUCCAAGUGAGCCUCAAGCCUCUGCACUCGGUCAACAACCCGAUUCUGCGGAAAAGGAAACUGCUGGGAACAAAACCAAAGGAAAGUGUGUACAUCCAUGACCCUGAGAACAGCGGCAAGGACUCCAACGUUGCUCUGGAGAAGCUACGGGAUGUGAUUGCUCAGUGCAUCCUGCCACAGGCUGGUAAAGGAGAAAAUGAAGAUGAGAAACUGAACGAAGUUAUGCAGGAAGCCUGGAAGUAUAACCGGGAAUGUAAAUUACUCAGAGACACCCUGCAGACUUUUAGCUGGAAUGGUAGAGGAUUUACAGACAAAGUGGACCGGCUAAAACUGGCAGAAAUAGUGAAGCAAGUCAUUGAAGAGCAGACGGCCGCCCACGAGUCGCAGUAGUCAGAGCUGCUUGUUCUUAUCAAAUCACACAUACUCUCACCCAUUUUUUCUUUCUUUUCCUUUUUUUAAAAAAAGACCACUUUGUGAAUUAUCUGUUAAAGCAGGCUUGCCCAACUGGGCGCCUUCCCAGAUGUUCUGGCUUGGGAUGACAAGGGCGGAAAGCACCCAGCUGAGCAAGGCUGCUGUAAACUGUAAAAAGGUAUUUUUUAUGUAAAUUAAUAAGUCAUAAUUAUUUCAUUAAAUUUCCACGCAGCUUGAGAAAUGCUGUAUAGAUGUAGAUAAUGAGAAUCAUUGGUACUGUAAUAUUUUUUUAAGAAACUCGGUUCCUCAAAAUUAUAUAUAUAUAUAUAUAUAUUAUAUAUUACAUGAUUUUUACGUAGGCCUUCAUUCAUGAUUUUAAAUGGGGCAAAUGAUUGUGUUCUCCUGAGUAUCCAGAUGAGGCAAUAUCUCUCCAGCUGCCUGUCACCUGUAGGGCACCAGCUCGGUUCUGGGGGUCUCCGUUGGCCUUCCGCUCAAUAAAUUACUUGAAGAAACCAGCCAGAGAAGUAUGGGCAACUCAGCUGCUUGGUGAUUCAAGGCAGCCCUAUAAAAAGUGGUGAUCGUUUAAAAAAUAGCCCUGUGUGCUCUUGAGACUUAUUUUCUCGAGCCAAGGGUUACCUUUUCCUCUGUUUUGUACCACGAAGCAAAGGAGGACAGAAAUGGUAGCUUGUGGGUUUUUACCGGUUCAGCCAAGAGAGGAAGGUGUUCUCUCUGGCAACAGACUUGCCUUGGAAACCUGGGGACACAGCCCCACAGAAGUACCCCAGUAUCGUUCCCUUUGCGCCCCCCAUGGCUGCUGAAAUGCCGAUCCGAGGUUAUAUGCGGGCUUCUCACUGGCCACCACGACUCUGUGGUUUGCUAUUUCUGGGGUGGUGGUGGUUUUUUUUGUUUUUUGUUUUUAAUCCUUCCUGUUGGUCAUAUCAUCCUUGCCCGGCUUCUAUUUCUGCUUUCUGGGCUCAUCCCUCGAAUGCUUUUCUUGUGGACUUUGUGUAUGGCGGCUGCUGGUUGCAUUCUUGCAGUUUUUAUCGAGAGCCAUUUGAUGGGAAGGCCUGCAAGCCUCUGGCUUUCGUCUUGCUUUUAGUUCUUUAGUUUUUAACAGGAAGAUUUUGCCGCCAGGAGGGCGGGCUGUUAGGAAAGCUAACAUCCGGAAAGCCGGAAUCUCUUGUCUGUAGUGCCCGUUCAGUUGAUAAUCUCAGGACUUUCCAUCUGGUCUGCUAACGUGCAAAGAAACGGGAUGGGGAAAACGUUCUUUGGAGAUGCCCACAAGGAUAAAUGAUGCCACACCAGAGAAGGAGCCUUUUAAUAUGGGGAAACAAAGUCCUCGGCUAGAAAAAAACCAAUGCAGAAGUAGGGAAAUGUUUCUCCUGCUCUGCAGAAGGUGAAGUUUAGCCCCAGCUUGUCAAUAAUUUCCUGCUGCAAUUAAUUUCUUCAGUCACUCUGAAGCAGAGCGCUCUGGUCCUUCUGUACAUACAGUGCUUUCCCCACCAAGGAGGCCUGUGAGGUGGCGUUUGGUUUUUCUGCGGCAAGCGGCAUUCAUGGCUUGGAAAGUAUUUAAUAAGCCUCUUCUUUCUGAGGCUUCCCUUCCUCUCUUUUCUCUAGCUUGCGAUCAGUUUUUAAGGGUUGGACUUUGGCUGAUGGGAGUAACCGACCACAGCCGUGGGGUCCUCCUGUUUGUAGAAGUACCGUAUGUAAAGUCAUUCUUGGCCUUGCCUCAGUCUCCCCAGCCGGUCGUCCUCCAGCUGAGGCAGGAUCAGAAAUCCCAAUAAUUCCCUGGUGGUCUCCGCUUUCCACGGGGAGGGGCUGGAUCCACACACAGCUGCUCCCAGAAGACAGCCCCCCCCACCCCACCCACCCCGUUCCAACCAGUUUCAUCUUUUAUGAAGAUGACAGGGAAGCCAAGACUGCUGUCAGAAAAUGACGCUGAAGAUGAAAUACUUACUUGGUUUUAUUUAAUUUUUGUUCGACUAGUCUUGAUAAUUUUUUGAGAUUAUUAUUUUUUAACUUUUUCUCUUGUCCUGCCAUCGUUACUCGUUUGGGUGUGGCUCAGGUUCUGGGCUCUUUGGAUCAAUGAUUCUUUCCAUCUGUUGCAUGUACUGCUAAUUCUCGGUGAAAGUAGGAGAACCUCUCAAUCUCUCUCUCUGGCUCGACUCAGCUUUGGGGAGGCUGCGGUGGGGAAUAGCUGUGGUCACCACUUUUCCUCUGUAGGCAGGGUGGCGGGAAGCAUCUUCUAUAAAAACACUCGAUGGUCCUGGAUUUUACUGGGCUUCCCUUGCAAAGGUUUUCAUGUUCAUCUCCAUCUUUCUUGUACCUGUGGAAGGAAAAAUCAGCACUCUUGCUGAUGAGGGGCAAAACCUCCGGCGAUGAUUGUUGAUCCUUAGAGACAGAAUCCACGAGAAGGUGUUUUGAGAGCGGGAAUGGCGUUGCGCAUGUAUGUUUUCGGCCAUAGCGUAGCCGACUUCAGCUGUUAGGCUCCGUCCCGCCUUCCUCAUGGUCGUUUUGCUUUCCUCACUUUCAAGCAUUUUGCUGUAUCACGGUUUUGUUUUUCGAAUCAGUAUUAUAUGAAUGUAAAUAUUAUGCAUUGGUGUACAUAAAAUAAUUUUAGUAAAAUUUAUCGAAGUU